UCAAGCUGCAAGUGAACCAAAGGGUCAGAGCUGUUUGCCGACGCUUCAUGCAGGGAGCCUAUCUACCGCGUCUUCCAAACUGUGGAGCUGCUGGUUGUUACGUUUCUUUCUUCUAUUUCUCUACCAUCUUGGCAAUGGGACUUUUUGUGAGGAUGGAGCAGGCAGCUUUAGGGAGCGCUGACCUCACUGGUUCUGUGUAAAUCUGGAGAUACCAGUAAACAAAUAUUGGGCUGCUGCACACCUCAUCUAUCGUAAGUUUGGAGUGAAGUGAGAAGGCGUGAACAGUAAAAAUGACUGGUCAGAUGAAUCCUGAGAGCAACGGGCUGUCUAACCAUAGGCUGUCAGUGAAGACCACCACAGAUGAGGAGCUUGAUCGAGCAGAGAGUGCCCUCAGCAGGACACAAUCAGUAUGUGAUGACACGUCUUCUGAAUUGCAAAGAGUAGCUGCCCUGGAUGGUAGGGAGCAAAAUUCGCAAAAUUCCUUCAGAGGACGUGGGGCGCUGUCUCGGUUGGUGCGAGUGGUUGUAACUCUGAGGGAGUGGGCGCACAAAAGUCUACAGGAAGAGCAACAACGACCCGACUCCUUCCUGGAACGUUUCCGUGGACCAGAACUACGGCCACCUCCCACUCCUGUGAACAAACCUGGCCCCGAGAACAAGGAAGGCAAAACACCAGCCAAAAAGAAAGAUCCGUUUGUUGUGGACCCUGCAGACAAUGUGUAUUACUGGUGGCUUUUGGUAAUCGCAGUUCCUGUACUGUAUAACUGGUGCUUGCUGGUUGCGAGGGCCUGUUUUGAUGACUUGCAGUCUCAAAACUAUAUUCUGUGGCUGGUUUUAGAUUAUUGUUCUGAUAUGGUGUACAUUAUGGACAUUGCAAUUCGACUGAGGACAGGUUAUUUGGAGCAAGGCCUGCUGGUGAAGGAUCUGGCUAAACUAAGGGACAGUUACAUUCACACUCUGCAGUUCAAACUGGAUGUGCUUUCCAUCCUGCCAACGGACUUAGCAUAUAUUGCUACAGGACUAGAUGUGCCCGAGGUCCGAUUCAAUCGACUGCUACGCUUUCCUAGAAUGUUUGAAUUCUUCGACCGUACAGAGACACGCACUAACUAUCCAAACAUGUUCCGCAUAUUUAACCUUGUACUUUAUAUUCUGGUUGUCAUUCAUUGGAAUGGCUGCAUUUACUAUGCCAUCUCAAAGGCGAUAGGAUUUGGAGAUGACACAUGGGUAUAUCCUAACAUUUCAGAUCCUAGUUAUGGUUACCUCGCUCGUGAAUAUACUUACUGCCUGUUCUGGUCUACUCUUACCCUGACCACAAUUGGAGAGAUGCCAGCACCAGUCAAAGAUGUAGAAUAUCUCUUUGCCAUUUUUGAUUAUUUAGUUGGUGUCUUGAUAUUUGCUACAGUCGUCGGUAAUGUGGGCUCCAUGAUUGCCAACAUGAAUGCUCAACGAGCAGAAUUUCAGUCUAGGGUGGAUGCUGUUAAACAUUACAUGCAAUUUCGAAAGGUUAGCAGGGAGAUGGAAUUCAAGGUUAUUAAAUGGUUUGACUAUCUAUGGACUAACAAAAAAGCUGUAAAUGAAAAAGAGGUACUGAAGAAUCUUCCAGAUAAACUUAGGGCAGAGAUAGCAAUCAAUGUUCACCUGGCAACUUUAAAGAAGGUUCGUAUAUUUCAAGACUGUGAAGCAGGCCUCUUAGUGGAAAUGAUUCUGAAACUAAGACCACAAGUGUUUAGCCCGGGAGAUUACAUUUGUAGGAAAGGAGACAUUGGGAAAGAGAUGUACAUCAUCAAGGAAGGGAAACUGGCUGUGGUAGCGGAUGAUGGAGUCACUCAGUAUGCCCUUCUGACGGCAGGAAGCUGUUUUGGAGAGAUCAGCAUCCUUAACAUCCAGGGAAGCAAAAUGGGAAACAGGAGGACAGCCAAUAUUAGGAGUAUUGGCUAUUCUGAUUUGUUCUGUCUUUCAAAGGAGGAUCUGAUGGAGGCACUUGCAGAAUAUCCUGAUGCCAAGAAAGUGCUUGAAGAAAGAGGUCGUGAAAUUUUAAUUAAGGAAGGUUUACUGGAUGAAUCUUUAAAUGCUGAGGGCCAUGGGGAGGCUGACGUGGAUAAGACGAUUGAAAGGUUGGAGAGCUCACUGGACAGCCUCAACACACGCUUUGCAAGGUUGUUGACAGAGUACAACUCAACACAGCUGAAGCUGAAGCAAAGGCUAACCAAAGUUGAGGCGCGUAUCAGAAACACGGGCAGUGAAUAUUUGUCGGAUGGGAUGGACAGCAGUAAUGAUUUAGAUGGGACCAAAAAUGAAAGCAACAACCAGUAAUCAAUGAGAAAUUAAGAAUAAACAAAAAAAUAAAUAAAGUGGCAGAAACAUAUACAUUUAUACAGUGAUGGCAAAAUGGCCCCUUCAUUUUUUUGGGUGUUUACAUUUAUUGAGCAAAUAAGAAAUUGUUCACAAAAAUUCUGUAAAUAGUUUAAUAAAUGAGUUAAAGGGCAAAAUGCUUCUUUCUCAUAAGCCAAAUACUUGUAAAUGAUCUGUGUAAUUCACUUUUUUUUGCAAAAUAUUUGUUAAUAUUAAAAAAACCUGAAAAAAUUACUGAUACUAGCUUUAAUCGUCAUGAUCCUAAAAUUAUGAUGCAUAACCACAAUGAUUAAAACAUGCUUGAAAUAGAAACUGUAACACCAUUUUGAAAAAGUUAUUAAGACCUUUUUCUUGUGGGUGAGGUUUAAAAAAGUCCCCUAUCUAAAGAAAACAAAUCAAUUUUACGAAGAUGACUGAAUAACAAAGAAACAUGAAUUUCCUAGUGUUCGGUGCCUAAAACUCAACAUGUUUAAACAUAAAAU